GCGGUUUAGUAGUGUGGAGAGACUGGGAGAACCAGAGUUUGAAAAAACUCUUUUGAAGCUCAAACAUCUGUCUUUUCAAAUCUGGGCAGGAUUUUUCCACCUGCUGUGAUUAAUUUCUCAGUAGAGUGCUAUUGUUUUAUAGAUAGAUAUAGCAAAAAAAAGGCCCCAAACCCUCAACCCUUUGUGCUUUCUUGGCACCACAUUGUACUUACUUUAAUCAGAAAUUGCAGAGAUGUUUUGUUGGAGCAUUUCCCUUACCCUCUACAAUUUUUUUGUCUUUGGCCCCUGCUGUAUAUCAUUGAUUCUCUGCAGAUAAGUCUGACUUGUAAACUCUGGAGGCAUAUUUUUUUUUUUAGGCAGCAGAAUGUUAGGAUAGAAAUUAAGAUACAGUCACAUGAAGGAAACAUGCUGAUAUUAGACAGAGCUACAGAGAAGAGUGAUGACUUAAUCUAGCAGAGCAAAGGGUAAAUAAAUAGACAGUGAAAGAGUAUUGACCAAAGAUCUGAGUGAACUACAUCCCAAGAAUUUUAAGAGGACUAAGGGCUUGAUCCUGUUCUCAUUGAAGUCACUGACAAAACUCCAUUGACUCUUAUGGAUGCAGGCCCAGAUCUUAGCAAAGGAAACAUCAGAACUUGUGAACCUAAUCUUCAAUAAAUCAUGGCAGGCAGGAGAGGUACCUGGCAACUAAAUGCAACUGUGGUUCCUGUGCAAGGCAUCUGGGUCACAGACCCCAAUUCCACCCCUUGAAGCAUGGAUUUGAUGAAUGGUUUGGAUCCCCUAAUUGCCAUUUCGGACCUUACGAUAACAAAGCCACCCCAAACAUCCCUGUUUAUAGGGACAGGGAAAUGAUUGGCAGAUAUUAUGAAGAUUUCAAAAUUAAUCUGAAGACAGGGGAAGCAAACUUAACUCAGAUCUACUUACAGGAAGCUCUCGACUUUAUUAGCCGGCAGCAAGCCAGUCAUCAGCCGUUCUUUCUCUAUUGGGCUAUUGAUGCCACUCAUGCUCCUGUUUAUGCCUCCAAACAGUUCUUGGGCACUAGCCAGAGAGGGUUGUAUGGUGAUGCUGUGCGAGAAAUUGAUGACAGCAUUGGGAAAAUCCUAAAGUCCCUUCAAAACCUGGGCAUCAGUGAGAACACUUUUGUGUUUUUCACAUCUGAUAAUGGAGCUGCUCUUAUUUCAGCACCUAAACAAGGAGGUAGCAAUGGUCGCUUUCUGUGUGGUAAACAAACCACUUUUGAAGGUGGGAUGAGGGAGCCAGCUAUUGCUUGGUGGCCAGGCCACAUACCUGCAGGACACGUGAGUCAUCAACUGGGUAACGUGAUGGAUCUCUUCACCACCAGCCUCUCCCUAGCGGGAUUGCAGCCUCCCAGUGACAGACAGAUUGACGGUAUUGACCUUUCUCCUGCCAUCCUGCAGGGCAAGCUAAUUGACAGGCCGAUAUUCUAUUACCGUGGCAACGAGAUGAUGGCAGUGAGACUUGGGCUUUACAAGGCUCACUACUGGACCUGGAGCAACUCCUGGGAGCAGUUCAGUCAGGGUAUUGAUUUCUGUCCUGGGCAGAACAUUUCUGGAGUAACAACCCAUACUCAGGAGGAACACACCAAACUGCCUCUGCUCUUCCACUUGGGAAGGGAUCCUGGGGAAAAGUAUCUGAUAAGUUUUUCCAGCUAUGAGUACCAGGAAGUUAUGGAACAAAUAUCCCCCAAAGUCCAGCUGCACAAGGAGACCAUGGUGCCAGGGGAGCCACAGCUGAACGUGUGUGACAAGGCCGUCAUGAAUUGGGCUCCUCCAGGCUGCGAGAAGCUAGGAAAGUGUCUGGAACCUCCCAAGUCCAAUCCAAAGAAAUGCUUUUGGCCGCACUAAUAUUCCAGCACGCAGGGUCUGCUCGAAAGCCGUAAGCAGCUGAGAUCAUGGUUCACAAUGCACAUGGACACUUGUGUUUACGUCAUGGAAGGGAGUGAUGUAAGAUAUCAUCACCUACUCUUCAGAAGGGACCCAUGGUUACAGUAUUACUUCUCAGGGUUUUAGCAAUUAGUUUUCAUUUAAUUCAGUGUCUCUCUUAAUGGGUCAAAUGAGAUGUUGCUGCAAUACAUGGUAAAUUUUCAGUAAUUAAUAUAAUUUUUAAAUGAUAUGACUAGAGAAGAUUUUCAGCCAAUCACAACUUUCACAUUCCCUCAGGAAUGACUUGGCUGUCCAGUCAACUUCCGCUUUUCCCACUCAGGCUGUUCCCUUGGAUAACUCUUCAUUAAAGUGGCUGAAAGUGGCCUCAAGGGAAGGUCCCAGAAGAAGGUUGCCCAGAACUUUCAUACCCUCCAGAUAGAAUAUGCCAGAUUUGCUUUGCUUUACUUUCUGGUCACAUAGGAAUAAAGUUUGUAGCUAGCUGCAGUCAUUUUCAGUAACUAUUUUAAAAUUAGCAAAGAAUCCUGUGGCACCUUAUAGACUAACAGACGUUUUGCAGCAUGAGCUUU